UGCCACCGCACGUCUACUUCCCAAAGACCCAACUCAAACCAGCAUCUCUCUCUCCCUAAAUCUCACGCUCUCUCUGCCAUUCUUCUACAAUUUACAUAUCAAAACAUCAAGCUCAUCUCCCUCCCUCUCUUUCUCACACAAACAAAAAGAAGCAAAAGACUCCCAUCUCCCUCGUUCUAAAAUCAGCGCUCACGCCCCUCCGUCGAAGACCGAACGCUGUCGCUGUCACGCUCGGCUUCUGUCUCCGGCAGCUGCUGUCCACCGUUAGUCAAUAGGGUGGAGACCCCCUGCCGUCGUUGCGGUACGUACCGUUGUUGCCGCCGCGCUGUUGUCUGCCGAGAUCGCGCCUGCUCCGGCAGCCCCGAUUUCACCCCGAAACAGCCCCGUUUUCCAAUUAAAGAGGCAGGAGAAGAGAUGUAAGGAUUAACGUGUAACGCUUGCAACAAAGAAUUCGAAGACGACGUCGAACAAAAGUUCCAUUACAAAUCCGAGUGGCACUGCUACAAUCUCAAGCGCAAGGUUGUCCUUCAAGUUAAAGUUACACAUGGGAUAUUCACUUUUGGUGUUUUCUUGAGAUUUAAACACUCAAAAUCAAUUUUCAUGAUUUGGAACAAUGCUUUCGAACUUCUCAAGAUAAGGAGAUAGUGAGAGAGAUGUCAGCUAAUGAAGCAAGCUGAGGCUAAAGGGCAAAACUUUUGAUGCAAUGAACGCAGCCAUCAGAAAGAAAAGAAAGCACAGAAACAGAAAUAUCCUAUCAUACCAUACUGUAGGGAAUGUUCAAUCGACAGUUUAUAAUUGGAGGGAUCCCCAUCGCCAUGCCAACGGUGUUGUCUGUCACUAUGGCUAUCGGGUCCCACCGCCUCUCUCAACAAGGUGCCAUAACGAAAUGAAUGACCGCCAUAGAGGAAAUGGCGGGGAUGGAUGUUUUAUGCAGUGACAAGACAGGAACACUCACUCUGAACAAGCUGACUGUUGACAAGAGCCUCAUCGAAGUUUUCGUGAAGGGGUUGGACAAAGAGCAGGUGAUGCUGCUUGCAGCUUGGGCUUCGAGAACUGAAUACCAGGAUGCCAUAGAUGCUGCAAUUGUAGGGAUGCUUGCUGAUCCAAAGGAGGCGAGAGCUGGUAUAAGAGAGGUGCAUUUUCUGCCUUUCAACCCUUUGGAUAAGAGGACUGCAUUGACUUACAUAGAUUCUAAUGAGAAUUGGCAUCGCGCGAGCAAAGGUGCACCCGAGCAGAUAUUGCAACUUUGUCAUAGCACGGAAGAUGUGAGGAAGAAAGUUCAUGUUGUUAUAGAUAAGUUUGCUGAACGUGGGCUUCGUUCCUUAGGAGUAGCUAGACAGGAAGUUCCUGAGAAGUCAAAGGAGAGUCUUGGAGGGCCGUGGCAGCUCGUUGGCCUUUUGCCUUUGUUCGAUCCACCUAGGCACGAUAGCGCAGAAACCAUCAAGAGAGCCUUGAACCUUGGCGUGAAUGUGAAGAUGGUCGCUGAAGAUGAUAUAGUCAAUGAUAAUUUUCCUAAGCUCCCAUGUAAUCAAGAAAUUACAUUAAUCGAGAAAAUUGGGACUUCUUCAGAGAUGAUGCAGCACGGACAAGAGCCUCAAUUGAAGUUGUGGAUGAGUGAAACCAAGAAGAUGAUUGAACAGCUUAUAAUGAGGCAAACCUUUUCAAGCGAAGAGCGUGAUAUGUUGAUAGAGGUUCUUAAUUCAUGGGUUAUAGACUCGUCAAUCGAAGCAGGGGACAAAAGUUCUACUGUUGGCUCUCCAGAUCUUUUGGUGAAGCUGUUCAGCAAGCUAAGAAAUGGUUUCAAGAGAAGAAAGCAGGGCUGGGUUCAGUGAGAGAAUUGGCACAGGGGUCCUCCAACCUUAAUUCAACAAUGACUGAACAUAACCGGAGGCUUUUUGCCUCUGGAUCAUGGAGUACUCAGGAAGAACUACAAAGAGUGCACUCAAGGGCAGAAGAAGAUACGGUCUGCAGUCCGUCAACUAAACCUGAUCCAUCGCACUUCGCAGCUGCACAAAUCAAAAUAGGAUCUGCUGAAGCAUUUGCAGUGGGAGAGGGAUUGACUGAGCCACAGUCUUUAAGGAUACAUAAUCAAGAUGACUUGGUAGAUGCAGGAAUCAGCUGUAUAGCAGGUUGGUUGUUCCAUAACAUAAAUACAGGUAGCCAUGAACUUAACUUAAUGCAUCGUACACAAGAGAAAUUAUCAGUCGGUAAUAUUUUUAGGUAGUGGAGUACGCCUAUACGUGUAUAUAUAUAUGAACAAACUGAAUUAUAUGACUUUUUGGUUCUUUUAGAUCUAAAGUCAAGGCAAUGCAGUAAGGCUAGUGAAGCACUGUCAUCCAAUCCACAUACUUGUGUUUCUGUUAACAAGGGAAUUUUGAUGGAACUCUGAAACAUCUGUAUUUACGACGUUAAUUGUCUCCCAAGGUUCCAGAAUGUUCUGCGCCUAAGCUCAUUCCCUUGCCGAGUCCCAACCAUGCUGAUGAGCCAAAUUCUGAUCUGCAGUUGAGUAAGGUGGUGAGAUUUGUCGGAGGAGAGAGUGCACAUGGUUUGUUAUCAUCACACGUCAG